UUAGCACUGUGGAAUCCCAGAAUACAUGUCGGACGGUAGAAGGUGACAUUUCGUAUUUGAGCUGCUGGUAUUGAAAGUGGUAACAAAUACAUACAUACAUAUAUAUAAAUAUAUAAAAGGGAUCAUGUCUUCCAUAAUGAAGGCUGGGACAGUCAUUAGAGCUGGCAUUCAGCUGCUUAGACGGGGACCACAGAGGGUCGGAGUCAGAAAUGCUGGUGGUGGUGCCCACAUCGAGGCUCAGUAUCGUCAGUUCCCACAACUUACCAAGAGCCAGAACUUCCAGGCAGAGUUACUCAGCAGCGCCAUGUGGUUCUGGAUUCUCUGGCAUUUCUGGCACGACUCUGAUGCAGUGUUUGGGCACUUUCCAUGGCCUGAUGCCUCUAAGUGGACUGAUGAAGAGUUAGGAAUCCCAGCUGAAGACGAGGAAUGAAAAACAGAUUGCUUGCUAUACCCCUGUUGUGGCUCAGAAGAUACCCCCACCCCCAUUGGACAGUCUUGUAUUUAAAUUAAUAAAUACAUUUGUGGUACAAUAACA